AUGCUUACCCAAGACGACGUUGAAAAGGUCCAGUGCCAUGCCUAUGUUCCGGGUCUGGAAACAUCUUAUGGAUAUAUCCCAUCAGAGGCUGCCGGAAUUGCAUUUGUUGCUCUGUUCGGUCUAUCGGGACUCGUUCACAUCGCUCAGUUUUGUUGGAAGAGAACUUGGUGGUGCUCACUUUUUACUAUUGGAUGCCUGGUCGAGGUUCUUGGCUGGAGCGGUCGACUAUGGGCCUCUCAAUGCCCUUACAACUCCACUGCUUUCAUGAUUCAAAUCUCAACAUUGAUCAUCGCCCCGACGUUUUUCACUGCCGGAAUCUACGUUCUCCUCGGUCGAUUCAUUCAGCUAUUCGGUCCUAAAUCGUCAAUCCUCAGCCCGAAGCAAUACCUUUGGAUUUUCUGCAGCUGCGACUUUAUCUCCCUCGUUGUUCAAGCCGCAGGUGGUGGCAUGGCGUCUUCAGAAUCGGAUGGAGGAAAUACAGCCCCAGGAACAAAUACUAUGGUCGCCGGCAUCAUCUUUCAGUUGGUCUCGAUCAGCAUCUUCGUCUUCUUCGCCGUGGACUUCUUGCGACGUGCAUCUCGCCUUGGUAUGCUCAAAUCGGUAAUGAAGGGCCCGCUGACCCCUCUUCUGGCUGCCAUGGUUACUUCUGUUCUCGUCAUCUAUAUCCGAAGUAUUUACCGUACUGUCGAGCUGGUGCAGGGGUGGUCUGGGUACCUCAUUACUCAUGAGAUCUACUUCGUGAUCCUUGACGGUGUCAUGAUGGUCUUAGCUGGCGCAGUCUUCAACUUCUGCCACCCAGGAUGGCUCUUGCCUUCGGAUUCUAUCUUCGUUCGUCCCAAGUACCAGGAUACAGUCGAGAUGAAUGACCCGGAGACUCAACAACUCAGAGAGAACACUGAAUAUGCCCCAUAUGCCAGCCCAGAGCGCUUCUAUGGAGCUUAG